AAAGAAAUUCGGUUUUACGCCACUGAGCUGAGAAUCUGAGUGUUCAUAUGAUCAAGCAUUCCUCUUGACCUCUUAUUAAUUUCACACUCCACAGGGUUCACAGUUCACAUCACCUCCUCCAUAAUCCCCAUUGAGCCAUAACCCAACACCCCCUUCCCUUUCUUCUUUCUUCUCUCAAUUGUUUCAUUGAAGAUUGUUGUUAAGUUUCUUGUCUUGCUUUCAGUCUUGCAGGGUCUUGCAGGUGCAGUACUUGUUUGCGUUUUGAAUUUUUUAUUUCCGCUUCACCUCUCCUUUCGUCUUUGGGUAUUUCGCCAAAAUAUCGGAGACAUCCGUUGAUUUUGGCGAAUAUGAAACGACUACAUUCACAAAAAAAACAGGGCAUGCACAAUCAGCUCUGUCUCCUUAAUGGCGGAGCAGAAUCUAUUUCCUAAUUCUCAGGGUUCCAACUCCAAGUGAAGGCAGAGAUCUCCUCAAUCCUCAUUCCUCCACCGAAGGGAAUAAGAAAGAAGAAAAACAAAAGCUCCAUCGACGGACGACGUUAUUGGAACCUCCGGUAAGAACCGUCGGAUCUUAAAAAUUUUAAAGGGGCUGAGAAAGAAAGCUGAAAACUGUCGGAGAUCUCUUGUCAAGCUGAUCAGCUUAAAUUAAAUUUAGCGUUGCGAUUUGAGCUGUCAGAGACUCAAGAGCAGGUUUGUCACACUUCAUUUCUUGUAAGAAACCGUUCCUCCUCACUCAAUCCGUCAUCAGAUAGGCGCAGAGCUAAACCGCUGGAGAGAGAGCGAAGAGGAGAUCGGUUGAGUAGCCGGGGCGAUCAGAUCGAAGCAUCAAAGCGAAUCAACGCGGAAGGGGAGGGAGAUAUGGGGAACUGCCAAGCAGCAGAGGCAGCGACGGUGAUGAUACAACAUCCAGGGAACAAGAUAGAGAGGAUCUACUGGUCGGUGAGCGCCCAGGAGGUGAUGAGCUCCAACCCUGGCCACUACGUCGCACUCCUCGUCACCUCCUUCUCUCCGCCGUCCAUCCCCCACUCCCACAAUGCCACCUCCACACCCACGCCCGUCGUUAGGCAGCUCAAGCUUCUUCGUCCCGACGAUACCCUCCAUAUCGGCCAGGUUUAUCGCCUCAUCACCUUCGAAGAGGUGCUGAAGGAGUUCGCUACUAAGAAAUGCGUGAGGCUGGGGAAGCGAUGAAGGAGACGGGGGGCGAUAAGAAGAAAGACGGUGGUGAUGGAGCUUGAAGCCAAUGAAACCGCCACCUCCGCCGUCUAAGUCGGAGAUUCCAGUUUCGGUUAAGGUGGAGCCGGAGGUUCACCGACAGGCCGGCAGCAGCAGUGGCAGUCACAGAGUAGGAAGGCAUCACGGGCAAUGGCGGCCAGCUUUACAGAGCAUUUCAGAAGUAGAAACUUGAAACAGUACACAGCAUUCACAGCCUCUCUCUCUCUCUCUCUCUCUCUCAUAGGCCACACAGCCCACCCGAUUCUCAGGGUUUUAGCUGCCCUGGAUGCAUUAUAGGUUUUUCAUUAGGUAUUCCGUUCCUUUUUUCCACUGUCCUCCCUAUAUGUACUGGGAUGUAGUGCUCUAAGUGCACUUUAUUUUACAUACAAAGCUCCAAAGGGAACUAAAGUCAUGAAAAUCA